AUGCCUCAAUUGCGCUCACUGAAGUUCUUGGGAGUCUUCGAGAAAUUCGACAUUCUUGGAGAUGGACUAUUUAACGCUGAUUUUGAUAAAUGGUCCACACAAAGAAAGAUGGCACAUUCAAGUUUCAGGUCUGCCCAGUUUCGGACUUUCCUCGCGGACGUUACCAGGAAGAUAGUCGACGACAAGCUCAUUCCAUUGUUAGUUGAUCUGGCGAGGAAAGGGUGUUGUCUUGAUCUGAAAGAUGUGAUGUCUCGAUUCACGUUUGAGACCACCGUUGCUACGGUAUAUGGAAGAGAUUUGGGCUAUCUGUCUCCAGAAUUCCCUACUAAUGAAUUCCUCCAAGUGGUUGAGAAUGCAGAGGAGGCCAUGCUUUAUAGGUUUGCAUUGCCUACGUUUGUUUGGAAGUUGAUGCGCUGGUUGAAGGUUGGAACGGAGAAGAAGUAUUCAAAGGCAUGGGCAACUGGAGAUGCCUUGUCGGCCGAGUUCAUUUCCCAGACAAGAGAAGAAUUGCUUCAAGGAGUGGAAACAAAUACCACAUUGGCCAUCUACAUCAAGUCUCAAAAAGACGUCAGUGACAAGCUCCUCAGAGACAACAUGCUCACCUUCAAUAUCGCUGGACAAAGCACAACCGCUGCAUCCCUUAGUUGGUUCUUUUGGUUGGUCUGUAAGAACCCACAUGUAGAAGCAAAGAUCUUGGAAGAAUUAGGGUUUGUAUUCUCUGAGAAGAUGAAUAAAUUGCUGCAGGUGAAGGGAAUACUGAUGAGAGAGAACGAAGGAUAUGGCGGCCAUGGGUGGUGUUUGAUGAAGGUGAUGUCAGGGUUGGUGUACUUGCAUGCGGCAUUUUGUGAAACCUUGAGGCUAUAUCCUCCGGUUAAAUUCAACACCAGAGGAGUUCUCAAGGAAGAUGUACUCCCCGAUGGCAGCGUCGUCCGGCCUGGGAAUCUGGGAUGUAUGUAG